AUGCAAGAGACGGAAAUUCCGUCAGCUGGCAAAAAUGAUCCUAACCCUUGGCAAUGUCGUCGGUCCUCGACGUUUAGCGGCUCCACUCAAGGUUCUCGAUUGACUGGUGUUUUUGACGUAGGUGCUGAUGAUCGCUCCCUUCGUGGAGCUCUUCCUUCAACCGCCAGCCUUGCCUCCUUGGACGACGUCAGCACUGCUUCUCCGCCAUUGACACCACAUACACCCUCAGGGUUUGAAGUAUCAGCAGUAGGUGGUGCGACAACAGGUUUCCAGCGGUGGUGCAACUGUGUGCGCUCGGCUACUACCACCGCUCAACUGCACCUUCUAUUGCGCGCACUUGAACGCUCUGUGCGGAAGGCCAAUCGGGGAGGGCGCGGGGUACCUGCAGCUAUUGGUAGCUAUGCUACACGUUUCCGUCUUCCAGAAGUUCGGUGCACUGCGUGUCGAGGUCCUCCAGACGAGGCUUCUGUAAGUGGUGGAUCGGGUACCGUGGUUACUGCCUUUUGUCUCUGUGGCGGCUGCGCCUGUCCCUUCCAUCAGGACUGUCUUCUGAAUAGCCUCUCCCGCCAGAGUUCUCGCUCUCUCACCAGUAUCCGCACGAAUGCUUAUCGCGGUGCUCGCACUCCUGACGCGGCACCGAUCACAGCCCUCUCCUGUCUCUAUUCCUUAAUGCCGUGCCACAUAAAUACAACCGCAGCGGCACGACAGGACUGCUUGAAGAGCGCUCUUCUCCUCUGCCAACGUUGUAGGCGUUUAGCUGGUGGCUGUGAAGAAGACGUGGGGAUGGGUGAAAAGGAACACUUUGCUGAGCCUCUUCCGGACGAGCUGUUAGAGGCGGUCGAAUUGCAAGAGGUGAUCGAUGGAGGUGGAGGUGGUCAGGGUGUUGACGAAGAAAAUGAUGACGAGGAAGAAGGAGAAGUAGUGGAAGGGAUUCAGGAUCGUGAAGGUGAGGCGGGAGAAGUCGAUAAAGAAACAUCAGUGAGGACUCGAAGUAUAACACCAACUGCCACGCGAGGUCGGUCUUCGCUAAAUGGUUUGCCAAUGGCGAGACGUGGUCAUGGCCGACGUUCGAGGGGAUCAUUUUCCUUAAGGUAUGCACUUGGAGCCGGCCACCGAGGGAGGUCAGCUAAACGUCCGCGAUAUUUAGAGGACUAUGAAGGAGAUGAAAUGGAGGAGGGUGGUGAUCAGUUCUAUUGCAUGACAAUGGGAACAAAGGCAACCAAAACAGAGGACGUCUAUGCUGACGCAGACGUGCUCUAUGAGGAUGAGGUGGAGGCCUACGGUGAUUUAAAACCAAGGAACAAGGCAAGACGAGGAGGCUUGAGUAACAAGGGUACGUUGACUGAUAAUAACGGUUAUAUUCUGAUGGUGAAUGUGCUUUUCAGUAGUUUAGCAAAGAUUUUAGGAUUGGAAGGAAGGUGA